AUGCAUUGAGUAAAGACUAUUUGUGAUGACGUCGUCGUUGCGAAUUUACGAAUUUCAGUAAAGACAAGGGCAAGCCAAAGGAAAGCCAAGAGUAAUAAUGUCAAGUCUUGGGAAUAAGAUUGAUGAUAUUGAUCUGAAUACAACAGGAUUAAGAGAGAUAGGAUCUCAGGCUGUUUGGUCCCUCUCAUCAUGCAAACCAGGGUUUGGAGUAGAUCAACUCAGAGACAACUCAACAGAUACGUACUGGCAAUCAGAUGGAAUACAGCCGCAUCUCGUCAACAUCCAGUUCCGUCGUAAGACGACCGUCCACAGCGUUGCUCUCUACGCCGACUUCAAAUCGGACGAGAGUUACACACCGAACAAGAUCUCCGUUCGCGCAGGGAACAACUUCCAUGACCUUCAAGAGGUAGAGUUGCUUGAGCUCGGUGAGCCGAGCGGUUGGAUCUCGAUACGCCUGGCAGACUCGGAGGGAAAACCCAUCAGGACUUUCAUGAUACAGAUCGCUGCAUUGUCAAACCAUCAGAAUGGCAGGGACACGCACAUGAGACAGAUAAGGGUGUAUGCCCCGAUGCAGAACACGACUAUGAACAACAGGCUGCCAACGUUUUCAGGAGUGGAUUGUGCUAUGUAUAGCACCAUAAGGUAGUAAAGGCCAGGGAUCGGAAUCCUCUGAGGACUAUGGCACCGUCAAGUUAAAGAGCCUUCAUGGAAUCAAAGUUCUGUAAAGUCUUCAUGUACUCAUGACCAUGGACAGGCAUGAUGUGGAAUCCACUGAGGACUUUCAGAACAGUCUAAAGCAGGGAUUCUCAAAUGGUGGCACGCGCGCCACUUGUGGUGCACCGAGCCUUCCGGAGUGGCGCGUGGGAGCCGGUAAAGAAAAAGAAAAAACAUUAGAAAAUAAAAGGUUGAUCUACUGUUAAUCUGGAAUUGAGGUUUGAUCAUUUAAUUACAAAGGGAAAAUAAAAACUCAGCUCUUUUUGAAAUCUAAAUGCUGUUUGACUUCCUCUGAUUUUGUGUAAUCUAGCAUUCGAUAACCCCUCUUAUGGAGGAUCUAUUUAAUUUAUUCAUUUACGAUUGGUACAAAGACUAUGUACAUAAUAUGUGAACAUAGAUUUGUGAACAGUGCUUUUAAUAAUAACAAUAAUAAUCAUAAUUACGUUUUAUUUACUCAGGGUAGCCAUUUGGGUCAGGGAACUGCAGUGGGCCCUGCAUUUCCAUGUAUGUUAUUACUACCCUUCUCCAAUCUAAAUGCUGAGCGCCAAGCAAGAAUGCAGAAGGUUCCAUUUCUAUUUUUGUAUGACUCUGUUGGGGAUCGAACCCAUGGCCUCCCGUUCAUGAGGUUGACGCUCUAACACUGAUCAACAUACCCGGUUGCUUUUUAAACAAGACCCUCAUCAAGAACAAAAUGUAAUACCGAAACAUAAUAAUGAACACUAGUUUGAGCAAGUCACUUAUCAUUUUUAAAUAAAUUGGGUAGUAUGUUGGUAUUUUUAUAUCUUCUGUUGAUUGAGAACCCCUCUCGGUCAUUUAAAAGGCUUUCUGCUCUUCAGGUGGUCCUGUAUCCCCCCAUACCACAAUAUUUCGCUCUUCGGGUGUUGGAUAGUGGAGCAGUUCAGAUUCUCAACAAGAAAAUUGGCGCUUCAACAAAAUUAAUUGAGAAUGGCUGGUCUAAAGAUUCAGCAGGGAAUGAGAGAUAGACUCAUAGGUAUUCUGAAGUCAGAUUUAACUUAAUCCAUGGUCUAACUCUGUGCUAAAAUUAUGGGAAGCCAAAUGUUU